AUGACCGCCCCAGAUGAUGAGGACCAAUGGUCCCAAGAGGACAUGCUCACUCUCCUGGAAACAAUGAAGUCUCUCCUGCCAGGCCAGGAUAGCAGUUACUUCAAGACUACCGAGUCCCACUUGGACUGGAACAAGCUAGCCUUCAAGAACUACACCGGGUCCAUGUGUCGCCAGAAGUGGACAGAGAUUGCAAACAAGGUCAGGAAGUUCCGUACGCUGACUGAACUGAUUCAGGACGCAGAACAACAUGUGAAGAACCCAUACAAAGGAAAGAAUCUGAAGAAACAUCCAGAGUUUCCCAAGAAGCCACUGACCCCCUACUACCGCUUUCUUAUGGAAAAGAAAGCAAAAUAUGCCAAGCUAUAUCCAGAGAUAAGCCACGCGGACUUCACCAGGAUCCUGUCUAAAAAAUAUAAAGAGUUACCAGAGCAUAAAAAGAUGAAAUACAUCCAAGAUUCCCAGCGAGAGAAGCAAGACUUUGAAAGGAACCUGGCAAGAUUUAGGGAGGGGCACCUGGGCCUCUGGCAGAACACAAAAACAUUGGACAUCCCAGAAAAGCCCAAGACCCCUCAGCAGAUGUGGUAUGACCACAAGAGGACAGUCUACCUUAAGCAAAAUCCUGAUGCCAGCACUAAAGAUGUGAAGGACGUUUUAGGAAAACAGUGGUCCCAGCUUUCAGAUAAGAAGCAUCUAAAGUGGAUUCACAAAGCACUUGAACAGCAGAAGUUAUACGAGAACGCAAUGAGAGAGUUCAUUGAGAAGCACCCAGAGGUGAAUAUUUCAGAAGAGGACAUCACCUGCUCUACACUGACCAAGGCAGAACGUCAACUUAAAGACAAGUUUGACGGACGGCCAACUAAACCCCCACCAAAUAGCUAUUCCAUGUACUGUGCAGAGCUGAUGGCCAGCUUGAAGGAUGUGCCCAGCAAAGAACGUAUGGCGCUGUGCAGUCAUAAAUGGAAGCUGCUCUCUCAGCGGGAUAAAGAUGUUCAUCACAAGAAGUUGGAGCAGAAAAAGGAAGAAUAUCAACUGGAACUAAGGCGUUUCCUUAAGACUCUUCCAGAGGAGGAACAACAAAGGGUUCUGGCAGAAGAAAGGAUGGUCGGCCUGAACAAGAAGGUACUGAGCAGCCAUGCAUCAAAGUUGGCAGCCCAGGAAGCAGCAAAGGCCGAGGACAGAUCUGGAAGAAAGAAAGCAGCAGAUGAGACGAGUAAACUUCCAGAACCAGCACAAACGGCUGAGGAAAUUUGGCAACAGAAUGUGAUUGGGGAAUACCUCGCCCGGUGUAAGAAUGACCAAGCCAAAGCCCUGGAGAGUAUGGAGAUCACUUGGAUGAAGAUGGAGAAGAAAGAUAAGAUCAUGUGGAUUAAAAAGGCAGCUCAAGAUUAUAAACGAUAUGAGAGAGAGUUAAGCAACAUCAAGUCAGCUUCAGCCACCACAACUGGUGGCAAGAAGGUGAAAUUGGAAGAACCUGAUCAAGCUCCAAUGUAA